AUGAAGGCGCUGCCGCCCGUGAUAAGCUAUCACGGCGGUGUGGACGGGCUACAGGCGACGGCUACAGCCGCUGCUACAGAGGAAGAGGAGGAGGAGGAAGAGGGAGAGGAGGAGGCGGAGGAGGAGGAGGAGAGUGUAGAAUUGGGAAAUGAUAGAAGCAGACGAGGGGACGCUGGUGAUUACGAUUAUCGGGAUUACUACGGGGAUUAUAGAGAUAGUGAUAGUAGCGAUGAUGUCCUCUCUCCGCCUCCUCCCGAUUCCUCCUCUCUCCCACCCCCAUCUCGCUUUCCUCCUCGCCUUAACCUUCCUUCCCGACUUUCCACUUCCCCCCUCCCCCGUCUCUCCCCGGCACGUGGGAGUGAAGGCGAACUACUUCACCCUACUUCAACCUCCGCUCUCUUUCCCCCUCUUCCCCCGCCGCCGCCGCCCUCGCUUUUCCCCCCCAGCGUCGCAGCAGGGAACGCGGGAGUGAAGGUGAACUACGCAACUCUCGGGUCGCUCAGUGGCGUGGCGCCUCGCGCGCGCAUCGCAGUGUACAAAGUUAUCUGGGGCGGCAUGAGCAGCCUUGCUGACGUCAUGGCUGCAGUGGAAGAUGCGGUGAAGGACGGGGUCGACGUGUUGUCGCUCGCCGUUGGUGGCACGGACGACAAUUAUUUCAACUCCAUUUUUCUGCUACGGGCCGUUCAGGUUGGUGGUUGGGGGAAGCAGGGGGAGGGGGGAGCACAAUACAAGAAGGGGGGCUUGGCUGGGUGCAGUGCAGAGGGGGGAGAAAGAGGGGAAGGGGGUGCGGGAGGUGAGGAGGGGAGGAUGGGAGUGGGGGAGGUGGGGAACGCCACGGAUCGCGAGUGGAGCGCCACGCUCACCCUCGGCAACGGCACUGUGCUCUUCGGGCUCACCCAGACGGGCGGCGACGGCGUGCUAACUGCCAACCUCCCCCUCAUUGACUCGGAGGAGGCCCAUGCCAAAGGCGCCGCCCUUUGGGAGGCGCGGCAGUGCCGCCCGGGAAAGAUCGACGCUGAAAAAGUGGGCAGCGGACUCGUCUUGUGUUACAUCGGCGGGAUCAGCCCGGAGAAGAAAGCGAGGACGGUUCAGGACGCGGGGGCACGAGGCAUGGUGCUUAUACCGAGAAACUCUAACGAGAGCGUGCGCAGCGUGAGCGGGACUUUUCCGGACCGCCUUACCGUCCCGGCUGGCCAUACCGGCCCCUACCCACCAUCACCAACGACGUCUUAA